CUUGAUGAAACAUAUGAUUGCUUUCAGUUUAUUAAUUACCAUGAAUAAAUUUGUAAUAAAUUAUUCAAAGUAAAAAUAUAAAAAAAAUGUAUAUAAAAUCGAAUAUUCCAAAAUUAUUAAUUAUUUUAACAACUACUAUUUCAAUAUUUAAAUCGGAGAAACAUUGUUCAUUUUGGGAAAAAUAUAUUCUAUGGCACGAUUGCAGUCAUGACAAAAACCAAACAACACACUGUACAUAUUUUCAACGAUUCGUGUCUUGGGAUAAUGAGUGUUCACCAGGAGCUGAUCCACCUCACCCUAGUAAAUGUACUGAAUUGGAAACUGUUUUAAUGAAAAAAGAAUACUGCGAGUAUAAUCCUGAUGAAUUUUUAGAUGUACCACAAAUUAUUGCUAGACAUGGAUACAAAUCUGAAACACACGAGGUAAUUACACAAGAUGGUUAUAUUUUAGAAUUACAUAGAAUUCCAAAUUUAAAAGAACAAGCACAACCUGUGUUUUUACAACAUGGAUUAUUUGGGAGCAGUGCUGAUUGGUUGCUAAAUGGAAACGACUCUAUUGCAUUUCUGUUAGUCGAUCAUGGAUAUGAUGUAUGGAUGGGAAAUUCAAGAGGUAACACUUAUUCUGAUGGCCACAACUCGUAUCCAAAUCAUAACCCGUUAUACUGGAAUUUCAGCUUUCACGAAAUGGGAGUGAACGAUUUAGAUAAAGUUAUCAUGUACAUAGUUUUUGUCACAAAAUUGCCUGGUGAACUUAUUUACAUGGGCUAUUCCACUGGAGCAAUGUUAGGGUUUAUAUAUUCAACAACAAUGCCAAUAUCCGAACGACUUAUCAAACUCAUAGUUGCAAUUAGUCCUUCCGUUUAUCCAUCACAUUUGACGUCACCCAUAAAAUAUUUAGCACCUUUUAUUGAUGAUUCAAAGUGGGUAAUGGAGAACCUAGGAAUGCACCAAUUUUUGCCUAAAAACAAAAUUUUAGAAUUGCUCUCAAUGCAUUGUCGAUUACUAGGUAUUCAAAAAAUAGUUUGUGAUAACUUCAUUUUUUCCAUUUUCGGAUACAGCGAAGAAGAAUUUAACGUACCAAUGUUGCCGAUUCUUUUAAGUAAGAUGCCCAGUGGAGUAUCAACCAAGACGAUUUCUCAGUUUGUUCAAAGUAUAAAACGUGGUGGCACUUUUCAAAGGUUUGAUCAUGGUGAAGAUUUAAAUUAUAAGCUAUAUGGAACCAAACGUCCUCCAAAAUACGAUUUAAAAAAAGUAAAAACACCUGUCUAUAUUAUAUAUUCAAUGUACGAUUGGUUCAGCAAUCAUACUGAUGUCCUGCAUCUAGCCAAUCAUUUGCGACAUGUUGUAGAAGCCUAUAAGGUGGAUAAAAAUCAUUUUGGCUAUUUAGAUUUUCUCUUUGGAAAAGAAUUGGUACAAUUGGUUAUCCAGCCCAUAUUACAGGUUCUAGAACUAUUUAAAAUUAAUACUACUUAUAAAAUAAACGUGGAUGAUGAAGAUGAUGAUGAUGAUUAUGAUCCAGAAAAUUAUGAUGAUGAAUAUGAGUAAGAUUCUGGCGCAGCAACCGCUAAUACUUCUAAUUGUUCGGGAUGAUUAUAAAAUUGAAUAAAGG